AUGAGUGCCAACGGAACACCCGAGGAUCCUGUUGAAGUCACAAGGAACUCAUCCGACGAAUCCGAAGACGAUCCUGACAAGACUCUGACCAACGUCUCCAUGCUCAGGUCUGGAAAGUCCCGAACUGCUCAGCCCGGAGCUAGUCAGUCACGCAAAACCGAUCGGUCGAACGACAUUGUGGUAGAGUGUUAUGACGGACACAUCACGGUUGCUCGAGAGCUGCUUGAGAAGAGUCCUGUUUGGAAAGACGCACUAGAUAUCGCUUCUCUACCCAGAGAAACAGCCGAUUCUGACGCGGAACCUGCUUCGAAGAAAAGAAAGAUCGACGAGUCGAACAACUUCAAGCUUUCCGAAUCCCUCGAAGUCAUGAGAAUCAUUCUGGGUCUUCUUUCGGAGGAUCAGGCCAAGGUCAACAAAGCCACCAAACCCGAUUGGUCCUGGCGCCCCCUCAGGACGUCUCCUCAAAGCGCGAUGGAGGUUAUUCCUCUUAUGGACAAGUACGAUAUUCCAAACAUCUACCAACGUUUUGUGGAAAAGUUAUGGAUGAUUGCGUGCCAAAACAAGGAGCAAGCUCUGAUCGUAUUCAUGGUCGCGUAUCAAGAUCGAAACGUUCCCCUUGCUCGACACGCCAUGCGACACUUCAAGGACAUGUGUCACCCUAUCCGUUUCAGUCACGACUUCGUCUCGAAUCAACUCUAUGGAGGCGUCUGGUGGUUCCUGAUCCGAGCACUGUAUGAUCAUCGGGAAGAGCCCGUAGACUGGGCCAACGUCGCAGACAAGGUUGUCUAUCCUGCUGACUGGAAACACCCCAAGAACAAGCUGGCCGAAGAGAUGGCGUUGGGUCCCAUGGAGAUCACCGAACAUCCUCUGCCGAUCGAGCAACAGCCUCAGCCGUCGACUCAGGGGAGUCCAGCCCAGGAACCGACUCAACAAUCUGAAUCGUCUUCGACCGCACGCGCGCCCGUAUAUCAGCCCCACUGCUCUCAUCAAUGA